GAACGCUGUGGCAAAACAGAGCAAGAAGGAAGCUCUGCAGCCUGAGCCUUACUCCUAUACCCAAAGUUCAUCAGCAGGGAGUUUUGGAGUAGGAAGAUUAGCCACUAUGACAACCUCAGCUCAGCAUCAGCUUGCAGCAGGAUACUCAAAGGAAGUGGAGCAGGCUCAUAGGAUGGAGGGAAAACUGUGGACACAGCUUCGUCAUGGGCAGAGAGGAGAUGAGUUCUGCUGGAGAGCGGAAGCAAUCAGAGACAUGAGACAGCUGGCUGCAGCUUUCAGACUGUGGCGCCUGCAGAAGGAGCUGCUGAGCAAAGAGGAAGCCAGGCUCUUGGAAGCCCGUGCUCUGCUGGAAAAGAAGAAGCUACAAAACAUUUUCUGGAUGUGGCAUUCCCAAAGCUUGAAAAUGAAAGAGAUUCUAGCAAUGGCAACUCAAAUCCAAAGAAACUUGGUCUCCCGGUGCUUCAGUACAUGGAAGGAGACUGUUGAGGAGAAGGCACUUGACAGGUGCAGCCUGGCCCAUCUCAGAGCAGUAUCACUGAGGAAGCACUUCCAGCAGUGGGUUGAGAUGCUGCAGGUCAGAGGAGGUGAUAAGCAGGCAGUGGUGAACCUCUUCCUCCUACAAUGGAGGCAGCAUUAUGGAGCAGUUAUGAGCUCAGCAGCUGACAUGACUGUGACAAAGAGGCAUGAAGGUCAGACAUCAUGGACUGGAGAGAGACAGUUUCUGGAAAAAUCAGUCUAUUCUUUUGAUGACUUCUGCCAAAAACUGAAGCUGCAGAGAGUAUAUCUGCUGUGGAAAACAAGGCUGUGUGAGCAUCACAAGGCUGAUUCUUUCUCUCAGACUUUGGAGCAGUGUAAACUCAGAAAAACUCUGAAAUUAUGGCACCAAAAGUAUCUCAUGCUGAAGACAAUUGAACAAAGUUCUAAGCACUUGCAUAGAGCUGUCUAUGAGGAACCUCUUGCCAUGCUGUUUUCUGAGGACCUCUCAACAUCAUCUGGCUUUGACAGCAGUGCACCAGCUACUCUGACCUCUCAAAGCUCAUUGGAAAAGGAAUGCAGUCUUAGUGACAGCAGCCAGCACGGCUUCUCCUCCCUCCUGACUGCUGAGGAUGUCACACAUAUGUCCUGUCACAGUUCUCUCCUUCAGCUCCACCAGGGCACAGAGCUACCAGCUGAGCUGGGUGGGGAGCUGUGCUUGCAGACCUCCUUCCCUGGAUCUGGAAGAAAUUGGUUUGUGGGAAACCAGUUCCAGUCUCCAGUGCUCCAGAGUCCAGAUAAUAAUUUCCAGCCUCUCACCAGUUACUCUGCGUGGGAAGAGGUGAGGCUAGAAACUGCUGUGAAAAAUGGCUGCAGUUCUGACAAGGAGGUGAAGAGCUGCUGGCAGCAAGCAGACAAAUACUGCCUGCAGAAGUGCUUCGUUGUCUGGUCAGCUCAAACUCAGCACCAUGUAAAGGCCCAACAGUACUGCAGGCGCAUUCAGCUGUCUAGAGCCUUUCUCAGCUGGCACCACUGGGUCAUAGAAAAUAAGAACCAAAAAGCAGCAGCAGCAGCUCUAAAGCAUGGAGUUCAUUAUUUGCAGAUGGCUUUCAGCCUGUGGAAAAGGAGACUGGCCCAGAAAGUGGAAGUUGACCGGAGAUUCAGGUGUCACAUUCACCAGAUGACUGCUGAUGCUCUGUGGCAUUGGCAUUCCUGCUGGCAAAGGAAGCGUGCUCUGGGAGAACUGCAGCAGCAAUGGGCUUGGCACAGCUGCCAAGAGAAGAAGAGGCUGGUCCUGCAGAAAUGGUAUGACCAAACAAGGAAGCAGAAAUAUGCUGUUUUAUUCUGGGAACGUCGUCUCCUGCACAGGUGCCUUGUCACUUGGGCCCAGGUCACUGCAUGUAAACUGAGAGAGCAUGAGGCCCUCUCUUAUUUAAAAAGAGUCAGAGAGCACCGUCUCCUGAUUGUGAGCUUUAAUAAGUGGAGGGACAAACUCUGGAGAGCUGAACAAGUGCCGGGAGGGAGAAACCACAAGAGGCAGGAGCCCUCUCCAGGUAAAGCCUGUCACCGCUGGCGAGUGGCUACAAGAGGACAGCAAGACCUGCACCUGGGAUCUGUGGCUACUGUCAAACAAGCCUGCAACUACUGGACCAGAGCAGCUGCCUUUUCCCAGUGCUUACGGCAGCGCAGUACCCUCAUAGGUGUUAGGAAAAGCAGGAAGAUCUCUCUCUCUUGGCCCACAAAAAGCAGAAGAGGCAGAGAAGAAGAUUCAGCACCAACUGGACAUUUUCCCAGUGCCAUUCAGCGCUGGCUGGUGAUCUACAGGAGCCAAAAAAGGGCUGAAAGGUUGCUGGAGAGACCUGAUGUGGUAGGACCCUCUUGUGCCCAUCCAAGGAUCCAGGAGAACACAGCAGAGCUGGACUUGGAGGAGCAGGCUAAGAAGUGGCUGGGAAGGAAAUAUCUGAAGAGGUGGCAUCACACAGUGGUACUGCACCAGUGCCAGCAUGACAGGAAACUGCUCUGUCUGCCAAGGGGAUGGCAUCAGUGGAGGGAAGCCAGCAGGGGGGUGAUACUGGCUCAGGUGCUGGACCAGCGGCGGCUGCUAGAAAAGACCUGGAAGGUGUGGAGACGAAGCUACUUGCAAAGCUGUGUGGUGCAGAAGCUUUUGGAGGAGGAAGCCAGGAGCCUCCUGGCUCAGGCCUUUGGAAGGUGGUGGCAGCUCACAGCAUUCCAGCGUAAGGACAAAGGAUCCUGCUGAAUGGAGGGGGCCUGCCUGCAGCUGCUGCUCAGUUCAGGACACGUGGAGGAUGUGGCUCCUGUCACAACAAAGAGGUGGCCCUGUGCUAUCAGGAAAGAACACUCUGCUCUUAUAAUAAAAGCAGUGCUGCCAGUCAGAAGGGUGACAGCCAAAGAACAACCAGGAAGAGAUGGUACCCAGUGAAGGGUUCUCUUUAAAGGACUUGUAUCUUACCUCCUUAGCAACACAAACUGAGAAGUUACUUAGAGUUGUGACGUUGCAUUCUCUUCUUCUCUGGACCAUGCUUUUGCUGGAGUUCUGAUUAAAGGCCAAAAAAGCCUUAUAGGCUUUCCUUUUA